AUGAACGAGAUUGCCGCCGCACCUACAAUGUCCGCACAGGAAGACCUAGACCAACGCUCGGGUGAGACACACUCCGAACCAGCUCAAGUUGACGGGGCUCCUCACGACUCAGACGACGAGCCCAUGGUUUACGAGAUUCCCCAUGACUACGCAGUGUCGGCGCGCCAGGAGCGUGACCACCUCCUCGCCGCGGGUGUCUCUCCUGAUUCUGUCAUCUUACAAAGCGAAAUAGGCAAUCAAAUCCCCCAGGUGGAAGGCGAGUCCCCCGCCGACUUUGCCAAGCGUUACGCCGAGACUAUGAACGACAUGAUUGCUCACGGCGUUUGUAUUCUAAACGAUCAGUGUAUUGCUGAUGCGGUGCCAUCUGGAUUUGAAACCAUAGAUGGAAAGUUUUUCGAUUUGGGCCCCGGAUCGGGCGCGACGAAGGGGGAGUUUCGAGAGUUUAGUCGGUGGUUCGACGAAACGUUGGAAGCAGGACAGAUGCAUGAGGUGCCGGAGAAGUGGCUCAAGUUUGAGAAGCCGGCGGAACGGAGAUUUGACUUGUAA